AUGGACAUUUUACCUGAUGGAACUUUACGUCCACGGGAAGUUUCUGAAGAAAUUCCACUAUCUUUUAGCCGGGUGCUAGAUGCAGAUGGCCGACCAUGCUAUGUUAGCCUACUCUUCAGAGUAGUCAUCAGGAAUCUAUCCUCGUGGAACCAUGCAGAAAGACGCUUGAGGGGAGGCAUUCUUGCCGAGGAAAUGGGACUGGGAAAGACUGUGGAAAUGCUUUCUCUGAUAUGCGCCCACCAGCGACCCGACAUAAUCAACGGAUCAUAUCCCCCCACUCCAGCAGGGUUGCUUGAAUCCAGAGCAACAUUGAUAAUAACACCACCUUCAAUUUUGAAGCAGUGGCAACAAGAGAUUGCUAUUCAUGCCCCAGGUCUUAGAGUCAAACAUUAUACGGGACUUAAAAAGAGCAAGGUAGAUGACAGGGAACUCACACACGAUCUGGCCUCCUAUGACAUAGUCCUUAUGACUUAUAAAGUUCUAAACACAGAAAUAUAUUAUGCAGAGGACCCUCCUGACCGGCCCUCCCGUCACGCUAAACAAGCUCCGAAAAGGAAAUCUCCCUUGAUGCAAAUAUCCUGGUGGCGUGUAUGUAUUGAUGAAGCUCAAAUGGUUGAAUCUCAGUCUAGCAAACCUGCGAGGGUUGCUAGGAUUAUUCCACGAUGUAAUGCAUGGGCUAUGACUGGUACCCCAUUGCGAAAGGAUAUCGAAGAUAUAUAUGGUCUAUUGUCGUUUUUACAUUAUGAACCUUUCUGCCUCUCGGCAAGCAUCUGGAAAAGAGUUUGCACAUACCCUCCCGUCUUUAAAUCGAUGAUUCGAAAGAUUGCCCUCAGACAUAACAAAGAAAUUGUCUCCCGUGAGCUUCGGCUGCCCAAACAAAAGAGAGUCGUUAUCACCAUUCCAUUCACUGCCGUGGAAGAACAGCAUUACGACCAGCUCUUCCAACAAAUGUGCGAAGAGUGUGACUUGGACAGAUCUGGCACUCCCAAGUCAUUCGAAUGGGAUGCGCAGUUAAUACAGCCCCAGACACGGGCCGUUAUCGCUAAGAUGAGGUCGUGGCUAUCAAGACUCAGGCAAGCCUGUCUUCAGCCUAAAGUUGACACAGCUACAGCAAGAACCCUUGGGAGUAAUGGACCGCUUCGAUCUGUUGCUGACGUGCUGGCGGUUAUGAUUGACCAAAAUGAAACCAAGAUACGGACAGAGGAGCGUACACUUCUCAUAUCCCAGAUCCGAAGGGGCCAGAUAAUGGAAAAUGCCCUGAGACCAAGGGAGUCCUUGGAGAUUUGGAAAGACGCAGCGAGGAGAUCAGGCUUAAUUGUCAAGGGAUGUCGAAAUCAACUCGAUGAGGAGCUCAAAAGGCGGGCAGAACUUGCAAAGGAGAGUGUAGCAAAAAACGAAGUCAAUGGCGAUGACAAUGAAGAAGAUGAAGGUAGCGGGGACGAUGAAUCCGAGAAUGAACUGCUCAACAGGCUGGGAGUGCUUCGUCAUCGGCUUCGAACCGCUCUAGAAAUUGAACAUAUGUGUGAAUUCUUCAUGGCCAACGCUUAUUACCAGAUUAAAACGGACCCUGAGAUUACCGAGCCUGACUCUGAUAGUUUCCGGGAAUUAGAAAAGCAGGAAGAGAACGGGUACGAAGUUGCGAAGUUGAUCAGAAGAGAAAUGCUUGCAGAUACGAUUCAAAUGGUCAAUGGACAAAUCAACCGUCUCAAGGUCAAGGUGCAAAAGGACGGAGUAUACCAUGUCCCUACAAUGUCUACAGCCUUGCACUCUGUCGGCAUAGAAAGUCGACGUCUACUGGAUCAAGUUGAAGAUUUCUGCGAUGCCAUGAAACCCCAUACCGAUACAUUCAACAAGUGGCUGGACCACAUGGCACAGCUGCUUUUACAAGCGCUGGUCGAUGAAGAAGAAGGCUCAGAACUGAAAGGUGACGAGUAUGAAUCAUCGACGAAACACCAGGACGAAAUGUACGUUUACAUGGAAGGCCUUCGAGUUAUGUUUGCAAGACAUUUUGCCGCAAUUACGGGCCAGGUGAAUAACUUGAUCACGCACGAAGUCGGCGUUGCCAUGGAGAGGGCAAAAAUGGGUGAAGGCCCCGCUCCAGAACUAUACAUUUCUCUUAUAAAUAAGUGUGAGGAGCUAAAACUGCCUCGUGGACAGCUUUCAUUGAGAGGACUUGUGAAUGAACUUCGCAACUUAGUUGUGUCUUUGGAACGGCAAGAAAUACAAGGGAGUUCUAGGGCCCGCGCAGAGCAAUUGAUCGUCAAGGACAUAUUGCGUGAAGUGAGCAAGUUGUUUUCGGUUCAAUCAAAGGCUAUUCCUCCCCUAGAAAAGCAAAUGGAGCUUUUCAGAAGCGUUAUGAACAAGAGGCUUGAAUAUUACCGUCAGCUCCAACAAAUAUCAGAUACAGUGGCACCAUACGACGAAGACCGAAAGGGGAAACCUUUGAAUGGAGAAGACUUUGUCACCAAACUAGAGGCUGAAAAGGAAAUUGACUCCAAGUUGUCAUCCUUGAAAGCAAAGCACCGAUACCUUCUCCAUCUCCGUGACGAAUCUGGUACAGAUGAAAACACAAGAGUCUGCAUCAUCUGUGAUUCUACCUUCGAUAUUGGUGUGUUGACGAUUUGUGGUCACAAAUUCUGUAAGGAUUGUAUACGGCAUUGGUGGCGUCAAAGCCAAAGCUGCCCCGUCUGCAAGAGCCGUUUAAAGAUGAGAGACUUCCACGAGAUUACCUACAAGCCGCAAGAGAUUGUUGCUCAGGAAGAGAAUGCACCCAAUUCCGAACCAGGAAACCCACAGAAAAACCCUAUAUAUUCUGAUAUAAGCUCAAAAGUGCUGGAAGAAAUCCAGAAGAUUGAUCUUCCCAGAUCUUAUGGAACAAAGAUCGAUACUCUCUGUCGGCACUUGCUAUGGCUGCGGCAACAUGACCCAGGAGCUAAAUCCAUUGUCUUUUCGCAGAAUAAAAGCUUUCUGGUUACACUAAGCCAUGUCUUCUAUUGGUUCAAAAUUGGUCAUUCCAGUAUUGAUGAUCCGUCUGGUAUCGAACGGUUCAAAGAGGACCAUACUACCGAGUGCUUUCUCCUACAUGCAAAAGCUCAUGCAUCUGGCCUUAAUCUUGUUAACGCGACCCACGUCUUUCUUUGCGAACCACUGAUCAAUACCGCAAUUGAACUUCAAGCCAUAGCUCGGGUUCAUCGUAUUGGUCAGCAUCAAGAUACAACUGUAUGGAUGUACCUGGUUGCUAACACCGUUGAGGAGUCCAUUUAUCAAAUCUCCGUGGCUCGCCGUCUAGCCCAUAUUGCACGUAGACGCGAAGAGAACCUGAAGAAAAGGGAACAUUCUGUGUCCUCCAGCUUUAUAUCCGAAAGCUACCUGGAUCUGGAUGGAAAUGGCCAUGCAGAAUCGAACGGUACUUCCCAUAACCCUCUAAUGAGCCUUCGGCACCUGGACGAGAAUACCCUUGAGUCUGCAAAUUCCCAUGAAUUGGAAGACGUAACACCAGGAAAUCUGUUCUCUGGGCCCGGUGCCGAAGGGGAGAAAGUUAGAGACUCGGAUGUUUGGCAGUGCUUGUUUAGCAACCAAAAGAGAAAUGGCACACUCUCAAAUGAAGUUGCAGAUGCGGAGACGAUGGGUGACGUCGAGAAUGAUGUCAGACGUGUUCUAAGGGCCACUGCAGCCGAAGCGAGACAGCUGAACGUUCAAAUGCCUUAA